CCAAACCAAACCAAACCAAACCCUCUGAAUCGGGUUCUUUCCUUCCUUUUCUCUUUCUCCUUCACUCACUCCCUCACUUUCCUCUUUUCAUUCUUUUCUUCACCCACCAAACACUCUCUCUCUCUCUUCUUUCAUCUUCUAGGGUUCUCCAUGGCUAAUCUCACCUCCUUCUCUUCAUCUUUCGUCGACGACGACUCUUCCGAGGACUCCUGCAGUAUCUGUCUAGAGUCCUUCAACGUCCAUGAUCCAUCCACUGUUACCUGUUGCAAACAUGAAUAUCAUCUGCAUUGCAUUCUUGAAUGGUCUCAAAGAAGCAAGGAAUGUCCAAUAUGUUGGCAAUCACUUGCUUUGAAAGACCCUGCCAGCCAAGAGCUUCUAGCUGCAGUGGAGGCUGAAAAACGCUUAAGAUCAAGAAAUGUAAAUUCAUCUUCAUUCGCUAAUUCUCGACUUAAUGAUGGUCAUGAUGGUUCUUACUCAGAAGAAUGUGAUUUUGAUGAACAAAUUAUGCAGCACCUAGUUGCUGCUGCAAGUAGGGCUCGUUUUGUUCACAGACAGGAAAGGCGGGGAUCGGCAGGAGCAGGUCCGUCUGCGAACUCUUCUGUGCAUGUUCGUCGAGAGCAACCGACCCCUACAACAACUUCGCUAUCUCAGGGUAGUUCACCAACUUCUGGUGUACCAUCAAAUGUGAACAAUCAACCUCCAACACCUGUUGUUGAUGAGGUUGCUAGAAAUACUAGUCCUCAAACUGAUGUUCCUUUCAGAGCCAGAGUUAUCUAUAGCCAGACACCACCUGAGAGUGCGAGGAGACUAAACACUCCGGAGAUGUUCUCCUUCCCUGAAUCCAUCAAAUCCAAAUUUUCUGCUGCUUCAGCCAAAUACAAGGAAUCAAUUUCAAAAGGUACCCGUGGCCUCAAAGAGAAGUUACUUGCCCGUAAUGCAUCAGUAAAAGAGCUGAGUAAAGGUGUUCAGCGCGAGAUGAAUGCAGGAAUAGCUGGUGUUGCACGGAUGAUUGAACGCCUCGAUCUUUCCUCUAAAAGGUCCGCUGCUCUAUUUCCUGACCGUACAGGGGAAACUUCAGGCUUUCCUGAAGAAGUAAAGUCUGUCAAAGAGCAUUCUCCUAGUGAAGAUAACGAAGAUGUGGUUCAUCAUGUUACUUCAGAUGCUCCCUCACUCAUCUCUAACAUGGUUCCUGCUCGAGUGGAAAUUGCUCCACAUGUUCAGAGUGGACAGGGUGCAUUGAAGACUUAGCUCAGGGUUCAUCAAUUUUACUGUGCUGUCUCGCUUGUCCAAGAAGUGCAAGAGACGACUUUGAUAACCAAUGUACCUGUUGGUAUGCGUCCUGCAUUGUCGUCACUGAUCACUGCUACAUAAUGUGUAGGAAUUAAAACUAUGUAUGAUCUAUUUAUAAAGCCAGGGUUUCUUCCUUCAGAACCUUUCAGAUGUAGUUUCAUGGAUUCAUACCCAUGUUAUCAUGAGUUUAAUACUUUAUUUGGUUUAAUGAAAUAUUUUAGAGGUUCUUCA